AGAGUUGCCAUAUUGGCAGAAGAAGCUGCGGCGAGAAUGGGGCCAACCCAAUGGUGGUUUCAGUUUGGAGGGGAUGUUCCUGCAUUGCAGAAAUGUGCAAUGAGAAUUUGCUCACAAUGUGUCUCCUCUAGUGGGUGUGAGAGAAAUUGGAGCGCUUUUGCUUUGGUGCACACAAAGCAAAGAAGUCGUCUUCUAUAUGACAAGCUCCACAAGCUAGUUUCUGUACGCUACAACUUAAAGAUACGUGCUGAAGAAGAUCAAGAGAAAGAGAGAGAUAUAGAUAAAGAAAUUGAUCCAAGUGCAUUGCUAAUGGAUACCACAAUGUUUGAUGAAACAAACCCAAUAAUGGAGUGGCUGAAUGAGGAUGUAGAGGAUCCGAUUGUGGAUGGAGCUGAUGCAGCUAGUGCUGUUUUUGAGCAAAUAAGGCGCCUCAACUCAAGCAGGAAGGCGUCUUAUGUUGGUUCAAAGGGUAAUAACAAGAAAAGAAAGAGGAAUGAUGAUGAUGAGAAUGAGUUUCUUGAAACUGAGAGUGAGGAUGAUGAAGAAGAGAAUGAAUAUGUUGAUAAUGACAUCGAGGAUGAUGAUGGGGUGAGUGAGGAUGAUGAGGAUGGUGAACAAGAUCAGCUAGAGACACAAAUGCAACUUGAAGAAGAGACACAAGUACAAGUUCAAAAGGAGGCACCAACAAGCACUGGCCAUUUGGAGACUAGAUCUGGACGACUUAUUAGGAAGAAGACCAAGAACGUCAACAGCCUCUACUCGUAAAUUUGAAAUGGCACGUGAGCAAAGGAUAUCAAGAAGCUUUUGGAUGUUGGGAAGCUUGGAGCUGAUGCUUCAAAUAAGCUGAUGGUUGUCUUUUGGAGAUGUUUCUAUGUUUAAUGCUUUAAAGUCUUUUGGCUGUACUGGACUAUUUAAACUUUGAACUAUGCUGUGAUGGUUGAA